AUGGAUAAAGUUGAUAUGGCUUUCUCACUGACAGAGGACGUGGUGGAGGGUCAGCUUGUGGUGGCGUACUGCUCCGUGUCUCCCUCCUGUCCCACCUCCCUUCCUGUCUUCAGAUGGAGUCACCCUGGAGAGGAACAUUUUCAUUCUCUGCAGUUUGACGACGACCAGUGGAAAGCGACGGCUGCUCUGAGCUUUCGCCCGACCAGCGUUGACCACAACAAGUCUUUACAGUGCACCGCCCACUACAGCGAAGGGCAGAAGCAGAAAACCUCCAAGCUCCUCAAAGUUAAAAAUGCCCCAGUGAAUGUGAGGGUUGAGUACAAGUCUGAUGUGAAGGAGGGAGAAGCCGUGCAGCUGACAUGCACCAGCGACGCUCACCCCCCCGCCAGCAGCUAUGAGUGGUUCAGUGAAACUGUUGCUCAGCUGCAUCAGGGAAACCUCUACACGAUGCCAAACGUCUCCAGACACCUGGAUGCAUUGUACUGCACCGCCAUCAAUACAGUGGGACGAGGCAAAUCUAGCCCUGUGCGUCUCACUGUGUUGUCAAACUGUUCACUGAAGAUUGAUCCGCUCCAGCAAAGUGACCAAGGGCCGUUUGUUUUCAGAAUUGAGAUGGCAAACUUUAAUAGAUUUUCUUACAAAGCUCAUCAAGUAAACAUUACAAUGAUGGGUAAGAAAAACAUAACAAUCGUUGUGGCUAUCUCACUGACAGAGGACGUGGUGGAGGGUAAGCUUGUGGUGGCGUACUGCUCCGUGUCUCCCUCCUGUCCCACCUCCCUUCCUGUCUACAGAUGGAGUCACCCUGGAGAGGAACAAUUUCAUUCUCUGCAGUUUGACGACGACCAGUGGAAAGCGACGGCUGCUCUGAGCUUUCGCCCGACCAGCGCUGACCACAACAAGUCUUUACAGUGCACCGCCCUCUACAGCGGAGGGCAGCAGCAGAAAACAUCCAAGCUCCUCAAAGUUAAACAUGCCCCAGUGAAUGUGACGGUUGAGUACAAGUCUGAUGUGAAGGAGGGAGAAGCCGUGCAGCUGACAUGCACCAGCGACGCUCACCCUCCCGCCAGCAGCUAUGAGUGGUUCAGUGAAACUGGUGCUCAGCUGCAUCAGGGAAACAUCUACACGAUGCCAAACGUCUCCAGACACCAUGGUGCAUUGUACUGCACCGCCAUCAAUACAGUGGGACGAGGCAAAUCCACCCCUGUGCGUCUCACUGUGUUGUAUUCCCCUGGGAUUAAGAGCCUCUCCUCCUGCUCCUCAGAGGGAAAGAUGGUAAAGUGUGUGUGCAUUGCUGACUCCGUACCUCCCUGCAUGGUCCAUUUUGUGCUUUCUGAAGGAGUCCUACCAGGCACCAAGAUAGAGAGACAUGGCUCUGUCACCAUUGGAACUCUGCAGGCCGAGUUUGAAUCCUCUGAGUUUGUCCACUGUCUGGCAAACAACCCGGUGGGCAACGCCAGCCUCGUACUCUCCCUACCUGUGAACAGUGCGAUGCAGAGUCUCUAUAUCGCCAUCGCCAUCGGGGCAGGCGCGCUUCUGGUGAUACUUUUAAUAGCUGUGGGACUUGUUAAAAAAUGUAGGGGCAAAUCUGGAGAAACACCAACACCUCACAUGAGCGAUGUGAGGGAAAACAAAGAAGAGCUGACGGAAUAUGCUACAACAAAAAGAAAAGACAGGAACUACAAGGUGGUAACAAGACCUGCACAUCAUGUCGACGAGCAAGUGUAUGGCAACGUGGAGUCUGAAUGGGAUGACGCGAUCUACGCCAACGUGUAACAUCGCUGAGUUUGGUGCAGCUGCAGUUCCGCUGUGUGGGGGAUGUGGGUCAAGACAACU